AUUACCCUGCCAUUGAUUUGGAUCAUCUCCUCUUGUCAUGGCAUCUCCAUUUCUUCCACUUACUCUCAUCAUCUCCCUCAUUUCCACUCUUGCAAAUGCAGCUCAAUGGCCUCCCUCUCCUGGCUACUACCCUAGCUCCCGGUACCGCACCAUGAGCUUCUAUCAAGGUUAUAGGAAUCUAUGGGGUCCGGCUCACCAGAAUACGGACAAUAACGGUGUCACCAUUUGGCUCGAUAGAAACUCGGGAAGUGGGUUUAAGUCUGUCAAACCAUUUCGUUCCGGUUACUUUGGAGCCUCUAUUAAACUCCAGCGUGGUUAUACAGCCGGAGUUAUUACAGCUUUCUAUCUUUCCAACAGUGAAGCUCAUCCGGGCUUCCACGAUGAGGUGGACAUCGAGUUUCUUGGGACAACAUUUGGGAAGCCUUACACUCUUCAAACUAAUGUCUAUGUGAGAGGAAGUGGGGAUGGAAGAAUUGUUGGGAGAGAGAUGAAAUUUCGUUUAUGGUUUGAUCCCACUCAAGAUUUUCACCAUUAUGCCAUCCUAUGGACCCCUAAAGAAAUCACAUUCUUUGUGGAUGAUGUGCCGAUAAGGAGGUAUCUAAGAAAGAGUGCAACAACAUUUCCACUAAGGCCAAUGUGGGUUUAUGGAUCGAUAUGGGAUGCAUCAUCGUGGGCGACAGAGAAUGGAAAAUAUAAGGCCGAUUACCGCUACCAGCCCUUUGUCGGAAGAUUCACCAACUUCAAGGCUACCGGCUGCACCGCCUACUCCCCGCCCCGCUGUCGCCCUGUCUCCGGAUCCCCGUACCGGUCGGGCCGUCUGACCGGGCAGCAGGCCAGAGCUAUGCAAUGGGUGCAAAGUCACUAUUUGGUAUAUGACUAUUGCAAGGACUAUAAAAGGGACCAUUCCCUUACACCGGAGUGCUGGCGCUAAUUAUGUCGAAUUUUUAUUAUUAAUUGCAAUAUUCUUAAAUUUUAAAAAAAUGGUUUCUUGAGAUGUGACUGCAAGAUUAGAAGCUGCAUCCAAACCCACCAAAAAGUAUAGAGGGAAAAACUAUUGUACUACUUCUAGUAUUUAUUUGCUUGUGGAUUUUUGUUGAUGUAUUUGUUUCAAGGUAUUUAUUGGAGAUAACAAGAAAAUAAGUGGUGUCAGUGGUACUAUACUAUAGUACUGUAUGAGUAUAUAGUAAUGUUGUCCGGUCCAUGGUAGCGGGUCUCUGGGGAAGGGGCGAUCGGCCUCUUGACCCUCACUUGAUCCGCCACUAUAUAUAGUAUGUAUUCACUUGUCAAUUCUCAAAUAAAGCCACUUUAAGUUUUAA